AUGUUUAUUUCUUUGUGGGAGUUCUUCUAUGGGCACUUUUUUCGAUUUUGGAUGAAAUGGGUCUUACGACAGAUGACUGGAAAGUGUGAAUUGCAGCGAAUUUUUGACACCUAUGGAGGUGCUCAGAGGACGUACAGGAUAGAAAAUUCAUUGGCAUAUUCCAAGAGUAAGGUCCUCCAGAAUGCAACACAAGUUUCCGAGAGUGAACUGGACAGAUGUGUAGCGGACAUAAUGAAGGCAAAGAACAUCUGUCCUGAGAAGGACACCAGUUUUCAGAUCUGUAUGAGGACGUGCUUACUGCAGAUAACUGGCUAUAAGCAGCUCUACCACGAUGUAGAAAAUGUGAGGAAAAAACCCUAUGACUCUGGCAAUGUGCAGCACGAGAAACUGCUUCUCAAGCUUUGGAAUCUUCUGAUGCCUACGAAAAAGUUGAAGGCCCGGAUCUCCAAGCAAUGGGCAGACAUUGGUUUCCAAGGUGAUGAUCCCAAAACAGACUUCAGAGGCAUGGGCAUACUCGGACUAAUCAAUCUUGUGUAUUUCAGUGAGAAUUACACCAGUGAAGCUCAUCAGAUUCUUUCCCGUUCAAAUCACCCCAAAUUAGGGUAUUCUUAUGCAAUAGUUGGAAUCAAUCUUACAGAGAUGGCUUAUAGCUUACUGAAGAGCGAAGCCCUGAAGCUUCACCUCUACAACUUUGUUCCUGGGAUACCAACAAUGGAACACUUUCACCAGUUUUAUUGUUACCUGGUCUAUGAAUUUGACAAGUUUUGGCUUGAAGAAGAACCAGAAAGCAUCAUGUACUUCAACUUGUAUAGAGAGAAGUUUCAUGAGAAGAUUAAAGGGCUCUUACUGGACUACAAUGCUGUGCUCACUUUGAAAACAUAAAACAUUAGAGCAUCUUCUCUUUCUACCACGUUUUGCACACACAACAGAAUUUGUAUGUUAUAGAAAUUAUCUGAUCGACUACAAUAUAUAAUUUCCUACAAAUACUUCAGAACUCUAUUUAAGAAAGCUAGUGGACAAUCAGUGUAUGUUUACAGUUGUUUGUACACUGUUCUCCACAAGUUCCACACCCUUCCAAAGAGCCCUUCAGCAGUCACGUGAACUCCAGUUUGGAACUUGGGACUUAGCCUGUUAGUUUAAAAGUAUGAAUCAGGUAUAUUUAUAUUUAGCCAGUUGAUUAAAAUGUGCACGAAUCUCAUUUUUAUGUGUUGUAGCUCUCAAGCUGGUGUCAUUUUCAAAAUUUCAAAAUUCUCCAAGAUUAUUGUUCAGUCUGGAAAUGGCUUUUGAAUGUGCUUUGUCUCUUUUUAUUUCUAGGCAGAUGGGCACCAGGUGAGUGCUAAGGCUUUCUCUCUGUCUCUGGCACUUGUCAGGGUGUCCUUACCAUAAAGCAGGGGCAGUGUGGCUCUAUCAGAGAGGGUGAAGAAUCAUGGCUUCCUUUAUGAUAUCUCUGAUGACUGAACAUAACAGAAAAUGAAAGAAUGGCAAUGUGUAUGACUGAUUUUUAUUUAUAAAUACACUUUGAAGGUCUUGUU